AUGCCACCAGGAAAAUGGUUGACAACGUGUGCCCAGUUCUCUCACCCGUUUUCCAAUGAACGUGAGUGGAGUUUGUGGAGCUCAGCCGCUUUCACCUUUGUAUUUUGCCUUUUUUUAGUGAUAUCAUUCAACGAGACGACGUCAUUCCGCGAUCAAACUCUGGUUAUCAAUCGAGUGCUCUUUGAUGCUCAACUGGAAUAUGAGCCAAUUGCCGAAUGGAACUCGCUGUUCGGUUUCACCUACACAGGCAGUGCUGCAUUGGUGAUGGAAGAACGAGAUGGCACCAGAGUACCAUUAAGAUCCACCUGCCCAAAGUCGACAUGCUCAGCGGAAUUGGCACGUCGCUCACAGACAGCGAUCACAUCAAGUUUUCGGGAGUCUCUGAGGAGUGUUACGGUCCUGGUCUACACAAUAUGUGCAGUGUUGGCAUCCUUUGUAUGCUUGAUGUGUAUGUACCAGCAAGUGAUCUGCACCAACGAGACGUAUCGAAUCUGUACGGCAUUCACUUUUGGAGGUCUAGCAAUACUGUGCCUGGUUUCGAUAGGGUUCUUCAUGACACCGAACCCGAUUGCAUGUUUCACGAGGAGGGUGUUAUUCCCGGUCGCAGUCGCUGCUGUGUUUGCACCGAUAACUGUUAAAAGUUUAUGCAUUUGGAGAGUUGAACUGUUGACUGCUCGAGUGAUAUCAAGCGAAUGGGCUAUCUUUGAGUCUUCCACCGAGAUGACUUAUGUGGUGUCGUCACGACAUGGUAACGCGUGGCGAUGUGCGCCAGGAAGAUGA